AGGGGACAGAGCAAGAGCGUGUGCUCAGAGGCUGCCUCUCAAUGGGAGGAGGAUGCAGAUGGAGAAAGCGAGAGAGAGAGAGAGAGAGAGAAAGCGAGAACGCGAGAGGGGGGAUUCUACAGCAGUAAAUUAAGGUUUGCUCCUUAUGUGCCUGUAAACGCGAAAAGCCAAAUCUAUUCUGUGUCAGUGCCAGGGUCUCCUCAAGGGAAGGCAGUGAUAUUUCAAAGGUGGAAAUGGCAAGGCUCUAAAUCUGUUGUUUCUGACUGGCUCAGCUGUCAGCUUUCAGUCACUGUGCUCAACGCUGUUGGUUGUCCUCAGACAAAGUGAAGAAAAGGAAGGAAGAGUAGAGUGACGAGUCAAAGGAGUUUGGGAGUCUCAACCUAAAUCAAGGACGGAGUUGGAUGGGGAUUCCACAUCAGCCUCAAGAUGGAUGGAUUUAAAACAACGUGUUAGAAUACUUAGCAGAUGUGUCCUGUCAUGUCCUGGCUGCUGUGCCUGGUCCUCUGGGUCAGUGGGAGGUCCAUCCAGCUGUGCCAGGCCACCUUUUAUGAGACCAUACAGCUACAGCAGCACCAUGUGACACGGCCUGGAAGGACCUCCAUUCACAUGAUUGAGGGAGGAACAUGUGAGGUGAUUGCUGCUCACAGAUGCUGUAAUAAGAACAAGAUUGAAGAGCGGUCCCAGACAGUCAAGUGUUCCUGUCUACCAGGGAAGGUGGCAGGGACCACCAGGAACAGACCCUCCUGUGUUGACGCAUCCAUAGUGAUUGGGAAGUGGUGGUGCGAGAUGGAGCCUUGUCUGGAGGGAGAGGAAUGCAAGACGCUGCCUGACAACUCAGGCUGGAUGUGUUACGCUGGGAACAAGAUCAAAACCACCCGGAACACCCAACAACCUGCAAGCGAAGAAUACCUCUAACUUUAGACGGACCAACUGCAGAGAUCAAUCCAAGGACCCAACAAAGACAUUCAGUUUACUUUCCUGGAUUGAAAUGUGUGAAUUCUCAAAGAAACUGCUGCUCAAGUGUACUGGGAAUGAUGCAGUUCAAGGAUACCAAUGGGGGACCUUAUUGAAUUCUGAAUUUUGUUCUUUGAGGAAACACUGCUUUUGGAUGUACAGCACAUCUGUUGUCAGAAAACUCAGACAGACUCUGCGAGAUGGGCAGACAUUUCUGGGUUACCUUUAGCAAGUACUUGCAGUGGGGAGUCAGGAUUCUGUAUAUACCAUGUUUCAGUGUCUUCAUGUUAACAAGAACAUUGUCUACAGUAUGAUGGUGGUGAGAUGUAAAUGAUUCCAAACCCUGAUCUGUUCUGUUGUUGUCCAUGUGUUCUAGAUUUCAGACCACAGCCAAAAGUCUAAUAUUUCUCAGACAUUCAAUAACCUAUAGGUUUACAUCAUGUGAGGAUGCAACUGUACAUUGGCUGUUAAAAGGAAUAAUUUGACCAAUAUAACAACACAUAUUUUUGUUAUCAAAACCGUUUUUGUAUUUGAAUGCAUUCAGUCAUCUCAGUUGCUUCAUCAUCCCUCUUAGAAAUAACAACACUUAUAGUUCAGUUAUCCUUCAAAAGGUUGAUUGCUCACCAAAAAUACAGUACGCUUGUUUGUUUUUUACUCCUUUAGAUGCCUUAUGUGUGUCUUCUUCAACAACAUAUUAAAAGUCUACCAUUGCUCUGUGCGUAAA